AUGUCGGAACUAGACGACGUGAGAAAUCAGAAAACCCAGUUGAGCUUGGAACUAGAUAAUGCGAGAAGUGAAAAGGCUCAAAUGAUGUUGGAGUUGGACGAGUUGAGAAUUCAAGCCACCGAUGAUACGCGGUAUUGGAAGAGGCUGUAUCGCAAAACCCGGAAACGGCGAGAUUCCCUCAAACGGCGCAACAAGCACAUGCAAGUUGAACUUGUCAAAUCUACCACAGAUGAGACAAGCAAAACCAACUUGACACUCCGCCGCGAGAACGACCUCCUCCGGGAGAAACUGGAUAGCUACCAGGCUACUUUCCGGUUUCAGAGGCCCUUUAGCGACAACUUCCGAGCACAGAAUGUAGAAAAAGUCAUCGACCACGUCCAAUCGGCCCGGUCGAAGCUCUUCAAGAUCUUACAAGGACAAGAAGUCUUGUUUGCUAUUGAGAGGCUGGAUGGCGUUAGUGGUUCGGCCCUUGCGGCGCUCUUUAAAAGGGCGCUGGGCCCUGGCGCUACUACCCUCGAUACCUCUACUGGAGGUUUGAUUCUCACCGCCGAGCUCUGCACGGCCACUUUACAAGAGGUUGUCCUAAGUCUAGUUUCCGCAGCCAUCUGCAUAUGGGUGUUUGAAGCUGAGCUGGGGGCGCUAUUCCAGGAGAAUGAUCUUUUCUCCUCGAAGCUCCAAGACAUCCUGACUACACAAGACAGGAAACUGGCAGACAGCUUUCUAUACGCUGCCCUCGAAAAGUGCAUCGACGACCUUUCUGUGUGCGACUUCGCGAUUCCGAGGCGAGCGCGACACCUCUCUCGACGGACAUUAGACGCCAUCAAGCCUCUGCUGGAUGCUCACAGAGACCUGGACGAGCAAUAUGUCGAUGUCGCAGAUGGAUGGGGUGAACACGAGCAGCAGAUGAUCGAGAUCUUCAAACAGGCGCUGUACGCGAAAGCAAGGCUCCUCUUGACCACGGAUCUGUACAAAUGCGUCCUUCAUUUGCCUGGGAUGUCCUGUGACAGAGUCAGCAUGGAGAAGAGACGUGGUGCAGAAACCGAGCCCGAUGCAGUGGUAGGCAUUACGAUCUUUCCAGGUCUGCUUCGGUGUGCUUCUGAGGAAGGAUUUAAUUUCAACCGGUUCUUGACGGGGGACAAAACGCCCAAGAAUAUCACAGCGAACGUGCUGGGGAAAGCAGUAGUUUGCACGAGGUAG